CUGCCGGCCUCCCUCCCUCUGCCUGCACUGCCAGCAUCCCGGCCCUGGUCACACACUCGGCUCCAGAACAAUGACCGCUCUGCACACGCUGUGGAUGGGGCUGGUCCUGCUGGGGGUCCUGGGAGUCCUGCAGACGCGGGCCCAGGCCCCCGUCUCCCUGCAGCCCAACUUCCAACAGGAUAAGUUCCUGGGGCGCUGGUUCACCUCGGGCCUCGCCUCCAACUCGAGCUGGUUCCGGGAGAAGAAGAAUGUGCUGUCCAUGUGCAUGUCCGUCGUGGCCCCGACCGCAGACGGAGGCCUCAACCUCACCUCCACCUUCCUCAGGAAAGAGCAGUGUGAGACGCGGACCCUGCUGCUGCUGCCGGCAGGAGCCCCGGGCUGCUACAGCUACACCAGUCCCCACUGGGGCAGUACCCACGACGUGUGGGUGGUGGCGACCAACUACGAUGAGUACGCGCUUCUCUACACCGCGGGCACCAAAGGCCUCGGCCAGGACUUCCACAUGGCCACUCUCUACAGCCGCACCCAGACCCCGAGGGCCGAGAUAAAGGAGAAAUUCACCACCUUUGCCAAGACCCAGGGCUUCACAGAGGAUGCCAUUGUCUUCCUGCCACAGACCGAUAAAUGCAUGGAGGGGCACAAGUAGGAGACCCCGGCCCCCAGGACCUGGCCAUCCCGCCCUGCUCCGCUCUUUCCUCCAAGACCCCAAGGCCCCAGCCCUGGCUCCUCCCCGCCCCCACCUCUGCGCCCUUUGGCUUUCUCCUGGCUCUGAGAAUAAACUCCGGAAGCAAAUCA